AGGAGGAGAGCUUGCUCUCUGAUGAUGUGCACUCGUUUCAGUGUUCACUGGCGCCGUGACGAUAAGCAAGGCAGCGGACGGAGGAUGCUCUGUUGUCUGGUGCGCACUCUCCUGUCUCUCCAGCUCUAUCACCAUGGAAGAGCUUAAUUAAUGCACAGGCUUUAUGUGUCCCUCCUGCUCCCGGAGCUGAUGAAUUUAUUAAACCGCCGUUUGAGACGCGGGACCUGCGUUUUUUUUUCGCCCUCCGAAGCACCGGAGCCGUGUUACCGAGCGGGGGAGAAGACGACCGCGGCUGAAUUAUAAAGUCUUCAGGAGAGAGGCAAAUUAUGCCAGCAGCACCAGAGUCGCUCCCCCUGGUGACGUGCCAGCUCAUUGGUCAGACUGCUCUGCCCUUUUUUAGCCUCCCUGUCUACCCUGGCAGAUCCAUGCUGCUGGAUGCUCCUCACAGAGCCACGCCCACACCAUGAGCGCCAACGGGCCCGCCCCAGACCCAGCCCCAGUGGCCCCAGAGGCCCCUCCCGCCUCCACCCCUGCCCCUGCUGCGGCCCCAGCCCCUGCGGCACCACCCGCUCCACCCGUCCUGCCUGCCCCAGCGUCCACUACCAUCCCGGUAGGUGCGUUGGCACAGAAGAAGCGGCAGCAGUAUGCCAAAAGCAAGAAACAGGGCAGUAACGCCAACAGCAGGCCACCGAGGGCUCUGUUCUGCCUCAACCUCAACAACCCCGUACGCAGGGCCUGCAUCAGCCUGGUGGAGUGGAAGCCAUUUGAUAUCUUUAUAUUAAUUGCUAUUUUUGCCAACUGUAUGGCCUUAGCUGUCUAUGUCCCCUUCCCUGAAGAUGAUUCUAACUCCACAAACCAUGACCUGGAAACAGUUGAGUAUGCCUUCCUCAUCAUUUUCACAAUUGAGACCUUUCUGAAGAUUAUCGCUUAUGGUCUGGUGAUGCACCAAAACGCAUAUGUGCGAAACGGUUGGAACAUGCUGGAUUUCGUCAUUGUCGUCAUAGGACUCUUCAGUGUUGUCUUGGAGCUUUUGACCAAAGAGGAGAAGUCAGAUGGCGCCGAAGUUGAAAUUGAACAUCCGUCAAUGCACGGGCAUGGGGGUAAACCAGGUGGAUUUGAUGUUAAAGCCCUUCGAGCCUUCCGAGUGCUGCGACCCCUGCGGCUGGUCUCAGGAGUACCCAGUUUACAGGUGGUGUUGAACUCCAUCAUUAAAGCCAUGGUCCCUCUCCUUCACAUUGCUCUUCUGGUCUUGUUUGUCAUCAUCAUCUAUGCUAUUAUUGGAUUGGAGCUUUUCAUCGGUAAAAUGCACGCAACCUGCUAUAUUCCUGCGACAGGUAUGAUAGCAGAGGAGGAACCAGCUCCAUGUGCGAUCUCAGGGCACGGGCGCCAAUGCCCCAUCAAUGGCAGCAUGUGCAGGGAGGGCUGGCACGGUCCCAACGGUGGCAUCACUAACUUUGACAACUUCCUGUUUGCUAUGCUCACAGUGUUUCAGUGCAUCACCAUGGAGGGCUGGACAGACGUGCUGUACUGGAUGAAUGAUGCUAUGGGCUUUGAGCUUCCAUGGGUGUACUUUGUCAGUCUUGUGAUCUUCGGCUCCUUUUUCGUACUUAACCUGGUUUUGGGUGUGUUGAGCGGAGAGUUCUCCAAGGAGAGAGAGAAGGCCAAAGCUCGUGGAGACUUCCAGAAGCUGCGCGAGAAGCAGCAGCUGGAGGAGGAUCUGAAGGGUUAUCUGGACUGGAUCACUCAGGCUGAAGACAUCGACCCCGACAACGAGGAUGAGGCCGAAGAGGGCAGCAAACGCAACCCGAGCGUUCCGGCCAGCGAAACAGAAUCUGUGAACACGGAGAAUCAAAACGAGGAGGAUGAAAAGACGCCGUGCUGCGGACCUCUUUGUCAGAAAAUUUCAAAGUCCAAGUUCAGUCGGCGCUGGCGCCGCUGGAACAGGCUCUGCCGCAGGAAUUGCCGGCUGGCUGUCAAAUCGGUGACUUUCUACUGGCUGGUCAUCAUCCUGGUGUUCCUCAACACUCUCACCAUAUCAUCAGAGCAUUACAACCAGCCUUUGUGGCUGACACAAGUCCAAGAUGUGGCCAACAAAGUGUUGCUAGCCCUGUUCACAUGUGAAAUGUUGGUGAAGAUGUACAGCCUCGGACUACAGGCCUAUUUUGUUUCGCUGUUCAACCGUUUUGACUGCUUCGUGGUGUGCGGAGGAAUCACUGAAACCAUUCUGGUCGAGCUGGAAAUCAUGUCUCCCCUCGGUAUCUCUGUGUUCCGCUGCGUCCGCCUGCUGAGGAUCUUCAAGGUCACACGUCACUGGCAGUCUCUAAGCAACCUGGUGGCAUCUCUGCUCAACUCCAUGAAGUCCAUCGCUUCCCUGCUACUGCUGCUCUUCCUCUUCAUCAUCAUCUUCUCCCUGCUGGGCAUGCAGGUGUUUGGUGGAAAGUUCAACUUUGACGAGACCCAGACCAAGAGGAGCACAUUUGACAACUUUCCCCAAGCCCUUCUCACUGUGUUUCAGAUCCUGACUGGAGAAGACUGGAAUGCUGUUAUGUAUGAUGGGAUCAUGGCGUACGGAGGCCCUUCCUCUUCAGGAAUGGUCGUGUGUUUUUACUUCAUCAUCCUCUUCAUCUGUGGAAACUAUAUCCUCCUGAAUGUCUUCUUGGCUAUCGCUGUGGACAACUUGGCCGAUGCAGAGUCUCUCAACACAGAUGAGGGAGACAAGAAAGGGGACAAAAAGGACGAUGAGAAAGAUGAUGAAAAGGAGGAAGAGGAGGAAAUUGAUGACACUGGGCCGGAGGAGGAGGAGGAUCCAGAAGUUCCAUCAGGGCCUCGGCCUGUCAUCUCUGAGCUGGUAAAGAAGGAAAAGAUCACUCCUAUCCCCGAGGGAAGCGCCUUCUUCAUCUUCAGCAGCACAAACCCGAUUCGUGUGUUUUGCCACCAACUCAUCAAUCAUCACAUAUUCACCAACCUUAUCCUGGUGUUCAUCAUGCUCAGCUCUGCCUCACUUGCUGCUGAGGAUCCUAUCCGAAACUUCUCAGCUCGCAAUAUUAUACUUGGUUACUUUGACUAUGCUUUCACGGCUAUCUUUACUGUUGAGAUCGUUUUGAAGAUGAUGACAUACGGAGCCUUCCUCCAUAAAGGAGCAUUCUGUAGGAAUUACUUCAACCUCCUGGACAUUUUGGUGGUGGGGGUUUCCCUCAUCUCCUUUGGCAUCCAGUCCUCGGCCAUCUCAGUGGUGAAGAUUCUUAGGGUCCUUCGUGUGCUUCGACCCCUUAGGGCCAUCAACCGAGCCAAAGGCCUGAAGCACGUCGUGCAGUGUGUGUUUGUGGCCAUCAGAACUAUUGGUAACAUCAUGAUCGUCACCACUCUGCUACAGUUCAUGUUCGCUUGUAUUGGGGUGCAGUUAUUUAAGGGAAAGUUUUAUCGCUGCACGGAUGAAGCCAAGUCGAGCCCAGAAGAGUGCAAGGGCACCUACAUCCUGUAUAAAGAUGGAGAUGUGAACCAGCCAGCUAUCCACAAACGACUGUGGCACAACAGCGACUUCAACUUUGACAACGUCCUCAUGGCUAUGAUGGCUCUGUUCACUGUGUCCACCUUUGAAGGCUGGCCUGCGUUACUGUAUAAGGCAAUCGACUCCAACAGGGAGAACCUUGGGCCCAUUUACAACUACCGUGUGGAGAUUUCCAUCUUUUUCAUCAUCUACAUCAUCAUCAUAGCUUUCUUUAUGAUGAACAUCUUUGUAGGUUUUGUGAUCGUCACAUUUCAGGAACAAGGAGAGAAAGAGUACAAAAACUGUGAACUGGACAAAAACCAGCGUCAGUGUGUGGAGUAUGCUCUCAAGGCUCGUCCACUGCGGCGGUACAUCCCUAAGAACCCGUAUCAGUACAAGUUCUGGUAUGUGGUGAACUCGACUGGAUUUGAGUACAUCAUGUUUGUGCUCAUCAUGCUCAACACACUAUGCCUGGCUGUACAGCACUACGGCCAGUCUGCGACCUUUAACUAUGUAAUGGACAUCCUCAAUAUGGUCUUCACUACUGUCUUCACUGUGGAAAUGGUUAUCAAACUCAUCGCUUAUAAACCCAGGGGCUAUUUUGGGGAUGCCUGGAAUGUGUUCGACGCCCUGGUUGUGAUUGGCAGCAUUGUAGAUAUUGUUCUCAGUGAGAUCGAUAACACAGAGGACAGCGCUCGCAUCUCCAUCACCUUCUUUCGUCUGUUUCGAGUCAUGCGGCUGGUCAAGCUCCUCAGCAGAGGGGAAGGGAUUCGCACCCUGCUUUGGACUUUCAUCAAAUCCUUCCAGGCUCUGCCAUAUGUUGCUCUUCUGAUAGCCAUGCUGUUCUUCAUCUACGCGGUCAUCGGCAUGCAGGUGUUUGGGAAGGUUGCCAUGGUGGAUGGGACACAAAUCAACAGAAACAACAACUUCCAAACGUUCCCUCAGGCGGUGCUCCUUCUCUUCAGAUGUGCCACCGGAGAGGCAUGGCAGGAUAUCAUGUUGGCCUGUAUGCCAGGGAAACUUUGUGACCCAGAGUCCGACUACAACCCCGGGGAGGAGAUGACGUGUGGCAGUGGAUUUGCAAUAAUUUACUUCAUCACUUUCUACAUGCUCUGCGCCUUUCUGAUCAUCAAUUUGUUUGUGGCCGUCAUCAUGGACAAUUUUGAUUAUCUAACACGUGAUUGGUCCAUUCUUGGUCCCCAUCACCUCGAUGAAUUCAAGAGAAUUUGGUCAGAGUACGACCCAGAGGCAAAAGGGAGAAUUAAACAUCUGGAUGUUGUGACACUUCUUCGUCGUAUCCAGCCUCCUCUUGGCUUUGGCAAACUGUGUCCUCACAGAGUCGCCUGCAAGAGGCUGGUAGCCAUGAACAUGCCUCUGAACAGCGAUGGCACAGUCAUGUUUAAUGCCACUUUGUUUGCGUUGGUGCGCACUGCUCUGAAGAUCAAGACAGAAGGUAAUCUAGAGCAGGCCAACGAAGAGCUGCGAGCCGUCAUCAAGAAAAUCUGGAAGAGAACCAGCAUGAAGCUGCUGGAUCAAGUGGUGCCCCCCGCUGGUGAUGAUGAGGUAACCGUGGGGAAGUUCUAUGCCACCUUCCUGAUACAGGACUACUUUAGGAAAUUCAAGAAACGUAAAGAGGAAGGCCUGGUGGGUGCUCACCCCUCCCAGAACAACACAGCUAUUGCUCUACAGGCUGGCCUUCGCACCCUGCAUGAUAUUGGGCCCGAAAUUCGCCGAGCGAUAUCAUGUGAUCUGCAGGAUGACGAACUAGUAGACUUUAUUCCAGAGGAAGACGAGGAAAUUUAUAGGCGCAACGGUGGACUCUUUGGUAACCAUCUCAUGAACGGUGGUCAUCGGCGAUCCAAUGGCCAUCAGACCAACGCCACACAACGACCUCUACAGGUGCAGCCUCCACCUCACUACGCCCAUAUGGAGCAGCCAGUGGGACGCCUGUCUCGAGCCAACGCAAUGUCCCACCCCAACCAUCAUCAUCACCACCACCACCAUCAUCACCGCCACCACAACUCCUAUGGAAAGUCUCCCAAGUCCACCAACAUCAACCUCAACAAUGCCAACGUGUCCAGUCUGCCUAACGGAGGUCACCAUCGUUACUAUGAACAUGCACCUCCCAAUGGCUACCCAGGUCUUCGCACCUCCUACUACGACUACGACAAGCCCCGGACACCCCAGGGUCAAAGAAGGCGCUACUAUGAGACGUAUGUUAGGUCCCAUGGAGUGGAUGGACGACACCCCACCAUCCGCAGGGAGGAGGAGUUUGAUGAAGAUCGUUUCUCUGGGGAGUAUUACAGCGGAGAGGAGUUUUAUGAAGACGACAGUAUGUUGUCAGGGGAAAGGUAUCAGAAUAGUGACACAGAGUACGAGACUCCCAAAGGUUACCAUCACCCAGACAGUUACUAUGACGAUGACGAGCAGCCUCUCUACCGCGAUUCACGGAGGUCACCAAAGAGACGGCUGCUUCCUGCCACACCUCAAGGUAACAGGAGGCCUUCCUUCAACUUUGAGUGUCUGCGGAGACAAAGUAGCCAGGACGAGCUUCCACAUCAGCGUACUGCUCUACCCCUGCACCUUAUGCAGCACCAGGUUAUGGCUGUAGCAGGCCUGGACUCCAGCAGAGCCCACCGCCUCUCCCCGACCCGUUCCACCCGGUCCUGGGCCACUCCCCCUGCCACCCCGGCCAGUAAAGACCAGUCGCCAUAUUACACCCCUCUCAUCCGUGUGGACCACCCACACAGGGAGAGCAUUGCUAGCAGCCAAGUGUCUGUGCGCAAGAGCUCCUGGUACACAGAUGACCCAGAGUUCACCCAGAGGACAUAUUCACCUGUACACCUGCAGGUGCCACCUGAGUACCAUAACCAGUACCACCAGAAGAGAGGCAGCGCCACUAGUCUUGUGGAAGCGGUUUUGAUAUCAGAAGGGCUUGGGAGAUACGCCAAGGACCCCAAGUUCGUCGCUGCCACAAAGCAUGAGAUAGCAGAUGCAUGUGAGAUGACGAUAGAUGAGAUGGAGAGUGCAGCCAGUCACUUGCUGAACGGAGGGAUGGCCCCAGGCGUCAAUGGGGUCAACGUGUUCCCCAUUCUGACUCCAAGGGACUAUGAACUGCAGGACACUGCAGCCAGCUACAGUGACGAAGAGCCAGAGACAGAACCGAGAGCUCCUUACGAGGAGGACCUGGCAGACGAGAUGAUCUGUAUCACAACUUUAUAGCAGUGGCUGGAGAAAUCUGCAAUUUUAGGACCUUGUCAGACUAAAUCAAUGAAAAUUUAAAAAGAAAUGCAUCUGUUGGCUCUGACCAAAAGAAGUGCCUUUUACAUUGAAGAGAAAAGGCAUAAAAGCAGAAGAGAGACACAUUAGUCCCGUUCAUUUAAUUGCUCUCCACCUGCCAGCAAAGGAGGUCACAGCACAGAGCCAGAUACCAUCGCUGCUGAGCACAGAGGGACUGACUGCACCCUCCUGACCUGGAGGUGACAUACAGGUUCAGCCUGCAGCCAACCAGAGAUGAGGACGUUGAUGCCAGUGAAAGACGGACCAAUUGGCAAAAGGUGUGAGAUACUCACUAGGGCGGGUCUCUAAGGGUGAUGACAAUCAGAUGUACGAUGUCAUUACCUCGGUCACUUUAUUAAGGUUUGGCAUAUCAUGCAAGUUUUCAAUGCAAGCAUAGAAAGGCAUAUCUCGUCCCGUAGUUGUUAGUCAAACUUGAUCCCUUUGUUGUUAGAAAAGACCGUUUAAUGAUUGCUACAGCUGAGUCAAAAAGUGAAGAGCACCAGUAGAGUCGUACCAGAUUAUGCAGGAACUAACUGUCCUACUUAUAGCAUCAUUCAACUUGAGAUAUGUACUUUUGAAGCGACAAAAGCAUUUGUGAUAAAUGCACUAGCAGGCAGGUUAUUUUAACAUUUUAGAAUAGCCUGAUUAAUAUUUCAUAGUUGAUAUGCUGUAAAUUGUAUUAUAUAACAAAAGAAACUUUGUAAAGAGAUAUUCUAUAUUUUGUAAUUAUGUAUCAUUUAAAAGAUCAGCAAUAUGGACCCUUGUGACUCCUGUUAUGCUAUAAAAGCAGACUUGCGUUAUUUUAUUAGGUACAAUAUUCUGAUAUUCGUUUGCCUUUUAUUUCUUUGCUAAUAUGCACCAUUUAUUUUGCCUAUAAAAACAGCAUUUUUAAGAGGUUCUGCUUGUGUGACAACACUACUGCACAAGAUAUGCAAAUGGCUUUGAUUUCUUAGCAUAGGAGUACAUGUGUUACUUCAUUAAACCAACACCAGUUGCAUAAGGUUAAGCCCCCUUUAAAGGAGCAUUUUUAGAAGGCAAGCCUCAAGGAUCCAGUGCUGAAAUUUUAUACAGAUGUAAUGAGCAUUUGUUUGCAUAUUUUGUGCAGGGCAUGCACAAGAAUUUAAAAUGCAUAGUGCAUUAACAAUGCUGCUUUUUUAGUUGGUUUCAGAGUCAAACCUAGGUUUCGUCUGCCCCUACUGAAAUGCCUUUUUGCUGCUGAAAGAAAGAAAAAUGAUAGAUGGUAAUAACAGGGAUAAAUUUCACAUUUCUCAUAGCUUGUGCUGGGAUUUUCCAUGACAUACUCUCUCGUUGAUCAUGGUGUAAUUCCAUUAAACCUUUGUACUGAAUCUUGGCAAUCACAUCUUAGCCUUCAUGUAGUGUGUGAGGCCUCAGAGCCUGUGGUGGCAGGAGACACAUGCACACAUCCAAAGGUUAGAAAACAGUCCAACAGUGUUUUUGUAAGUGGAAGGGAAGAGGGUGUCCUGGUGUCAGGAUGCUGGAGAGAGGCUAAGCAAUACUAACCCCCCGCCCCUUUCUCUCUCAGCCGGCCUGGUUCCUGCAUACAGUAUACCUCGUUAGGCAACGGUGACAACAUAUCAUUGUCUCAACUUAUCUGUCUGUCACAGUGUCCCACAAUGGAGUCUUUGAAAGAGAUUUGGUAGGAUUGAACCUGGACUUUGUGUUUUUCCAAUAAUCAUAUUUAUUAAUGAGACUAAGAGGGAAAAACAAACCCUGGAUGCAUUUAUCAGUUAUCAUUUAUUGUUCUAUUACAAUAUGGCCACUGGACUAAAUAAGCUGAAGUGGGCUUUUUCAGGCAUUACCAUGGAGAGUUUGAAUAAGCACCAAGGAUAUUUAGGGUUAAUGUGAUCUGUUGUUCAUGAGUGUUUGAUUUGUAGGUGAGUGCGUACUGUACUCUAAUUCAACCGAAUACUGUCAUGAAAAUGUAGGUUUUCCAUUUUGUGUGCACAUUGAAAGGGCUCUUUGAAUUGUUUGUGAGUAAAAAAAAAAAAAAUGUGUUCUAGUCCUUUUGUUGAUGACUGUCAUAUAAAAGGACCAAUGCACAUAACAGGCACAUUGUACUAUUCGUAGCAAUUACAGUACUGAUGAACUGAAGAUAUGCAUUAUUUUGUAAACACUUUUAAAAGUUGUGUUAAACUAAAGAUGAAAAGAACUUACUUUUACCUCAUGUCAGGGAUUCCUGAAAAAAGAAAAUAAUGAUUUGGUUCAGUCUAUACCAAUGGUAUUUAAAUAUUAGCACAUAGCUGUUUGUCUUUGCACAAGUAACUGUAUAGUGCUUUUGUUUCUCCUUUUUCUAAACAGAUUUGUGUAUUAAGGUGAGACAAUUUUGUACUUUUUGUGACUGUGUGUAUGGUUUAGUGGAAUCUAUAUUUGUCAUUUACACCUCACCUUACAAUGCUGGGAAUGAAAGAGUAUUAAAAAAUAUUUUCAAGGUGCACUGUUUCUCUGUUCGCGGGUAGGGAAAAAAAAUAAAGUGGUAAAGUACCAGUUUACAGAGAAACAUAUUGAUUUGAACGUUUCUAUUAGUUUUCUUCAUAUUGUUAUGAUUAUAAUUACUAUUACAACUAUUCAUGUUCGGAAAGCUGUAUUAAAAUAGAAGAUAAUGUAAAAUAUGUACAAAAGUAUGAAAAGACCCAUGGUAAUGUUCUCUACUUGAAAGUCUUGAUAUUUGCUCCUUAAUGUUUUUAUUCAGUAAACAUAAUUUCUCUUAGUAGCAAAUGCUUUAUUAUAACCUUCUAGGUUUUGUAUCAAUACAUUUUUUUUGUAUUUUUCAUUUUAAUUUAGCCUUGACUU